UCGCUGCGAGAGUGACUCGAAUAGACCACAAUGACUGUGAAGGGUGCAUUGAGGCCGGUGGCCCAAGGGGGCAGGGCUGGGGAGUAGGACGUUAAGAUUGGAUGCUGGGCGGGAACUCGAGGGCGACUGCAUGCCGCACGCACGUCGGAUUGCAACACCCUCACCUUCCUCACGACGUGUCUCGCCUUCUUGCGGCUUUCCGCUCGACCCCAAAUUGCGACUCUCGCUCCGUUUGCACGCCACGUACACGUCUGAACAAGGGCACGCCUGCACUUUCACACCGCGUCCGUGCUCCUCGAGUGAUAUUCACAUUCACAUUGUUCGGCAACAUGAACGCUGUCGGCACCACUGCGGCUUUCCAUUUCCAGACGCGGGCCUCGCCGGCGCCUCACCGUUUGCUUGUCGUCUAUCUCGCUGCAGUCUCGGUCACCGCGUCUUUGAGGAGCUUCCCUUCGAAGGUUCCUCCUCCAUCCCCAUCUCCAUGACCCAGGAGCCAUUCCACAUAUUUCACGACUCUGCAAUUUCCGGCCCGGUCCGAAGACGCCUCCUCAUUCCAGCAAUUUUAGACGCGCUCCUGCGCCACCACCUACCGGAUUGCAUGUCCUUUGCCUCGAUCAGCCGCGAAAAAGGUCCCUCGUUGUGCCUUAAACAGCGUUCGCUGCUUGUGCUAACUGUUGGGUUACAGUCUUCUGUUCUUUUACGGAACCACGACCGGCUGUAUCGUACCAGUGUCUCGCUCCUUCAUCUACCUGAAGGACCGCAUCCAGCAUUGAGAUUGCCAGAUCUGGAAUCCGCGCAUUCCCCGGCUGUCUUGGCGAUCCUCUCGCCCUACCAACCAACCGGCGGACUCGUUAACUCGUGUUCUGCCCCAGACGAGCUCUCCCUUCGCGGCGCUCGCCACACAAUAGAAAGCCGCAAUCCAUUCCAGAUCCGCUCCUGGAUGCAACUAGCAAGGGGCUUGAACUUUCCGACUUCUCUUAUAGUUCUCUUUGCGCUUCCGGUUCUACCGUUCACUCUUUAUACGUAAUUUUUUAAUUCUUCAAGGCUCGGUUAUAUCGCGUCCCCGCCUCACAAUACUUCGGGGUCAUCCACCUGAGACCUUCUUUCAAAAGCAUAUCCAACUAAUUACAGUCUUUCCAACUGUUGCCUCAAGGCUUCCGCUCUCUAUCCCGGCUCACUCGUCGAGCCAGCCGUUCACUCCAAACCAAGCGAAUUCUUGAUCAACAAUCCCCCAGUCUAUCCCGGAGACCUGACGUCCACUCUUUCGACGACCUCAUACGGCAUCACCAUGGCUUACCAACAACCUCAACCCCGGUAU